GGGAAGAGGGGUGCGGAGGAGGAGGAGGAGGCGGCGAGGAAGAGAAGAGCUGGCCGGCUCCCGCGUGGGGGAGGGGGCGCAUCCCCACCGUUUCUUCUCGCCCACCGCCGAGAUGCUCCAGCCGAGCCCACCGGACCCCCAAGCCUUGGGGCGUUGAUCCUUCAGACGGGUCCCUCUUUUCGCCCUUGGAGAACCGACGGCGGGACUCUGCAAGCGUGCGCCCUGGGCGCGUCGGUCGGUCGGUCGGUCGCUUGGUUCCCCUUCCUUCGACGGCGGGGCGCGAGAUAAAGCGGCCCACCGACUGGGAGGUCAGCGCUGCUGGACUCAUCCUGGUCCCUUCGGAAAGAGGCAGCCUUCUCUUCUCGUGGCCGGAGAUGGCUCUUUCCCCUCCGCGGAUCUGGCUGGGCUGCUGUGGAGCCGGGAUCCUGCUCAGCUUCUUGGUCGCCCUUCCCUGGAGGAAGACGCUGGCCUUCACCAUACCUGCCGAAAAUCACGUAACGAAAGGUUCCGGUCCCUUCCCUCUGGUGAUGGAGACCCCAACAGCGGUCUACGAGUACGUGUCCGAUCUGCUCGAUUGGUGGCACGCCAAUGUCUACUGCCAGCAGCGUUUCGCUCAGUUGCCCUCGGAGAGCUGGGUGGAUGAGCUGUCCUCUUUGGGCCGAAACCUCUCCCACCGGCUUCAAACCACCGUCUGGUUAGACGACGAGGAACUCUUGCAGCGGAAGGCGAAGCAAAGACGCGUCCACUCGCCCUCCAUCCUGAUAUUCGGGAACAAAACAGACACCAAGUUUGUGAAGGUCCUGGCUGACUUCCCAGCAAUGGCCGCAGUGAGCGCAUGUGCCCACGUCCAGUGGGACCCCACGGCCACCGAGGUCUCGACCGUCUUCUCCUAUGCGGUCCCAGCCUUCACCAAUGAAUUCCAGCUACGUGGCAUCGUCGACAAGGACCAAUUCGUCAAGUUUGCCAUCAUCCUCCAUGGCCAUCACUCCCCUUACCUGCCAGUCUUCCGCACCGACACGGGUUGGCACCACUUCUGCGUCACGUGGCAACAAUCCAACGGCACGUGGGUCAUCUAUGCUGAUGGGAAGCAGAAGGCCUCGGCCUCUGGACUUGCACCUUCUCGCGCCAUUGAUGGCCACGGGAUGUUCAUCAUCGGUCAAGACCAGGACUCCUUGGGAGGCGCUUUCAAGGAGAAAGAAUCCUUCAGUGGGAACCUCACUGACCUGCAAGUUUGGGGGCGGUCCCUCAGCCAAGAGCAGGUGGAGAAGAUCCGCUCCUGCGUGUCCAUCAGAGAAGGUCUCAUCUUUGACUGGAGGGACGACAUCUUGGAAGUGGAAACAAGCGUUCAAGAGGCCACGGUGAAGCUCACCUGCCCAGUCCCCAUAGAAGAAUGUCGUGUUUUCACAGUUAGCCAUGGAAGCCAACACAGUCCCUGCUCCACGAUGCUACCUUUUGUCUGUCGCUACAGAAAAGAUCUUUACUUCCAGCUGAAGAAAACCCAGUCGGAAUCUGUCCCGCCGUUCAUCGCUCGUGUGAAUGCCCAGGCGAAUACGACAGUGAUUCCCGAGAACGUCUUCCAGGCAGAUGUCCAAGGUGUGACUGUUUCAGCCGCCGCGAAUAGAUUGGGGGUCGUGGAGAGGAUCCUGUCCGAAGCCCAACCUCCACCUCUGGAUGCCUCUUCUCUCCUGGGUGUCUUCCAGCUUUUGAAAGAGGUGUCAGAUGUAGAGGUGGAAGAACCGGGACAACUGGCGGCACUGGAAGAGCUGGGCCAACAUUAUGUGCAGGUUACAGGAGGCUCCUGGAGGAGGAGAAGACAGACGAUUGGUCUGAGAUCAAGCCGAUCAUUGGGGGACCUAUGACGGUGGUAGAGAACGUGGACAAGAUGGCUUCCAGCCUCCAUCAGCUCCUGAGCUCCGACCGAGCGAAAGUCACCUUUCACAGUAAG